CGGUGACGUACUACACAGCCAAAUUUUUUCUUUUAAAAAAUAAUGCAAAGAAAACUCAGAAAAUGAGUGGACAGAGGGCCUUCGCCCAAAAACUUAACAAACAAGGCGCAGCUGAGGUUCGAAAAGCCGUGUCCUCCUCAUACUUUAAGGACCUACCAAAGAGCACUAGUGGCAUAUCAUUAGCUAGUACACAGUCAGUUCCUUUGGGUGAAGUUGUUGAACCAUUAGACUUUGAAGAAUAUGUGUACCAACAUCAGAAUGCCAUUGACAGGGACUCCAUGCCUCAACUUCUGCGCUAUCCCUUUGAUGAUCUUGAAGUGACAUCAUUGCCAAGAAAAUGCCGCACAAUAAAGCCAAUAAAACCAGAUGGGGCAGACCAAGACUUGUUGACCAGAGACUGUAUGCAGUGCUACAGUGCAGAUUAUACUUUGGUGAAAAGAAAGUACCAGGUGCAUAGCUCUAGCUUUAAGGUGACCAAUGAGACAGUGGAGCGUAACAAUACACUAGAGAGAACCAGUAGACAAGAAUAUGAAGUAGAUGUUGAGGAGAGCAAGAUAGAGGCUGAUAAAUCCAACAUAAAGCGUCAGUCUCUCCACUCACUACACCUAAAUGAUACCCCAAGGGGGAGCUGGGCGAGCAGUGUGUUUGAUUUAAAAAACUCUCAAGCAGACCCUUUACUACCGAGGCUUCUGGAUAGAAUCCCAUUGGAUGAAACUGAUCAGUUCAAUGCAACUCAGCGUCACCAGUCCAGACUUAAUGAUCUCUAUUCUGUUUUCCCAGCGCAAGAUGAGGAUGAGGUAAUUGAAAGACGCCUCCCAGCAGAAAUACCAAGAGAACAUUUUGGACAGAGGAUACUCGUCAAGUGUCUUCAACUCAAACUAGAGCUGGAGAUUGAGCCAAUUUUCGCAAAUGUUGCUCUGUAUGAUGCAAGAGAAAGGAAAAAGAUCUCUGAGAACUUUUACUUUGAUAUGACUCCUGAGCCUGUGAAGAAGAUGCUUGGGGCGCAUAUACCAUACCAGGACAUCUCAACACUCAGUAGAUCAUGUGUGUUCAGUAUUACAUACCCCUCACCUGAUGUGUUCCUGGUUAUUAAGUUAGAGAAGGUGCUACAACAGGGUGAUAUUUCUGAGGCUGCUGAACCUUAUGUAAAAUUUGACGGGCCAAAAGACAAAGUUAAGAACAAUGCUGUUUAUUUCUGUGAUCGACUCGGGAAAUACCGCAUGCCAUUUGCCUGGACUGCCAUCUAUCUCAUGAAUGUUGUGUCUGGAGGGAACAGCAUGGAUAAAGACACUCCCGGGAGCGAGAAAGACAGCCUUACAGGGAGUUUGGAUAAAAGAAUGAGUGGUUUGGGAUACCAGAACCUCUGGAAACGUCAACGUGAUGACAGUCUCACACGCAGUGGCUCUGGCUCGAUGGAACGUGGGGCUAAUAGUGGGAGCAUGGGGGGCUCCAUUGGGGACAAACGCAGUAGUUGGUCACCAGAGGAUCUUGCCAGUAGCAACCUUGAGUCUUUCAGACCUGUGACACUCACUGUCUCAAGCUUCUUUAAACAGGAGUCUGAUCGCCUUAGUGAUGAUGAUCUUUACAAAUUUCUACAGGACUUGAAACGUCCUACAUCUGUACUGAAGAGGCUGAAAUGUAUACCGGGUUCGUUGAAGCUAGAUAUUUCCCCGUGUGCAGAAGAACUCAAGUACUGCCUGAGCCCUGAGCUCUACAAGAUCUCCCCUUAUCCCGAUGAGAAGAGCAGACCUACCAAAGAGAUAUGUGAGUUCCCAUCAAGGGAAGUCUUUCUGCCAAAUGCAGUUUACAGAAAUCUGUUGUAUAUCUACCCCAAGUCAUUAAACUUCACUAAUCGACAAGGAUCUGCCCGCAACAUUGCAGUGAAGGUUCAGUUCAUGGCGGGAGAGGAUGAUAACCAAGCUUUACCAGUGAUAUUUGGCAAGUCUAGCUGCCCUGAAUAUGCCAGAGAAAUGUAUACAUCAGUCACCUAUCAUAACAAGAAUCCUGAUUUCUAUGAUGAGAUCAAAGUCCGUCUGCCUGGGGCCUUAGGUGAUGAGCACCAUCUAUUGUUCACUUUCUAUCACAUCAGCUGUCAGAAGAAAAUUGACAUGACACCACUAGAGACCCCUAUUGGAUAUACAUGGUUGCCUCUGAUGCGGGAAGGUCACUUGGUGUGUGGAGACUUCAACUUGCCAGUGGCAAUGGACAGACCCCCCAACAGAUACUCAAUGCUACACCCAGAUGUUCAGCUACCAGGCAUGAAAUGGGUGGACAACCAUAAAGGUCUCUUUAAUAUCAGCCUACAGGCCAAGUCAACAGUGCACCCACAGGAUGAGAACAUCAUUGAUUUUCUCAAUAUGUGCCACGCUGCUGAGAUACAAAGAAUUCCUCAAAGAAUCGGUGAGAAUAACUUUGAAAAUGAACUGAAACGGAGUAUUGUGGAGUUGGUGAAUGCCCAGGGGGAGCCACUUGUUCAUUUCCUUCCUGUUAUCCUCGACAAGCUGAUUCAGUUACUUGUUAGGCCACCAGCGGUUGGUGGACAGCUAGUGAACAUUGGUCAGGGAACCUUUGAAUGUCUGGCUGAGAUUGUUCGUAGACUGGACCAGUUGUUACCAGAGCAAAGUGACCAUAAUGGCCGCAAUUCACUCCUUACUACCUAUAUACAGUACCAGUGUACACUGCCUCACAUUGACAGAAAUGACAGAAAAGGUGCAGCAGGUAACCUUGGUACUCCUCCAGGUAACUAUGCCAGUCUAAGUCGUCCUGUCUCUCUCCCUGUCAGGAACCUCCCUCGUAGCAGCAGUGACACUGAGCUCUCUGGGAGCAGUCAGACAACACCAGAUGAAGAGGUAGCCAUGGUAACAGCCAGUAGAAUAGACCGCACCAACAGUCUGAGACAUACAGAGUCAGUACCUUAUUCUAUGCCAAAACUGAACCAAGUUCAAAGCAGGAAGGUGGUACAUGAAGAGCUUGUGUACCAAUGGGUCGUGUCCAGUGGAACCACACGAGAUCUGGCGUUGCAGAAUUCUUGGUUCAUUUUAGAGCUGAUGGUAAAAAGUAUGGCAGAACAUUUGUCGUGGACUGGGCGUAUUGACAUGAUACGCAAACAGAGAUUUCCUCAACAUUUCUUGGAUGAUGUUUUCUCCUUGGUUGCCAUGAUAACAAGGGAUAUUGUCGACCGAUAUCUGAAGGAACCUGGUCUGAUAAAGUCUCUAAACACAAGCCUGGCAUUCUUCAUAUAUGACAUUCUCAGCCUAAUGGACCGAGGCUUUGUCUUCCAAAUCAUCAAGCACUAUUGCAAGCAAGUUACAGCUAAAGUGGCCUCUCUGGCUGAUGCUACAACUUUGAUUCAACUAAAACUGGACCUGUUGCGAAUCAUCUGCAGCCAUGAGCAUUAUGUGCAGCUUAACCUCCCAUUUGGUUCUGCCCUAACACCAUCAGCACCCUCUAGCCCAUGCCCUAGUGUGGCAAGUUCCACCUCACAGACGUCUUACACUUCAAGUAUGACGCUAACUGAGCGAACUGCCUCAUUGAAUGAGUUAUCUACUGAAUUCCGCAUACAGCAUUUUCUUGUUGGAUUGGUUUUAUCUGAUCUCACAACUGUGUUAGACUUACACCAACCAGCUGUUCAUCAUAAUGCUAUUAAUCUAGUCCGCAACAUUCUUACUAGUCACGAUGAGGACCCGCGAUAUGUCGAUGUUGAUGUGAAAGCGAGAGUAGCGGCCCUCUAUCUCCCUCUAUUGGGCAUAGUCAUGGAUGCACUGCCCCAACUUUAUGACCCCAUGCAGGAUAUGAAAAAUAGAGGUACUGGGGCAGAAAACAAUAGUGCAAUUGGUCCAGAAGGGAUUGACCAUAGUGUUGCCAUGGCAAUCGCAUCAUCUAGUGUCUAUGGAGGCGUUGCUGAGGAAGAUAAUCUCUCUGAUGGCUAUGAUAAUAAAAGGAAAUGUAUGCUGGGAAAAGAAUGUACUCGCAACCUGCUGGUUUCUUUCAUGUGGGUUGUUAAGAAUAUUGACCAAGCAGCACUGAAGAAUUGGGUGUCGACUAUGCAAAUGAGUCGAAUAUAUCAAUUGUUAGAAGUGCUAUUUUUCAGCCUGUCAAACUUUGAAUAUAAGGGUAAGGCUGCUAUGACACAAUGUUCCCAGCAGACCAUAAAGAAGAGUUCAGACAUGAAGUCCAAACUGGAGGAUGUCAUCCUGGGCACUGGGAGUGCAAGGAGUGAUAUGAUGGCACGGAGAAUGAGGCAGAGCUCAGCUGCUUCAAUAUAUAUAGACCGUGAUAAAGGACCACCAUCUCCAAAUAUGGACACAAACAAGCUGAGGUGGCGGAAAGAUAUGACACAUUGGAAGCAGACAGUGGAGCAACAGGAAAUGAGGUUGCGGGGAGAUGUUGAGGGUGCUGCACAUAUAGAGGGCAACCUUGCAUCAGAGAUCAGCCUCAUUGCCCUGGAUGGGAUAGAAAUGAUAAUACAGAUAAUCUCGGAAAAACAAGAUCUUGAAAGUUUGCUGGGUAUGGUGUUGAGGGUGUUACUGCAUGGCCUUGCCCUCAAUCAGAGCACCAUUGUACUGCAGAAUAUGUUUGCUACGCAGCGUACCCUUGUCUCUAAGUACCCAGAGCUACUGUUUGAGGAAGAGACGGAGCAGUGUGCAGAUCUAUGCUUGCGUCUCUUACAUCAUUGCAGUUGUUCCAUAGGGGACAUCAGAGCCCAUGCAUGUGCCUCGCUAUAUCUUCUCAUGAGACAGAAUUUCGAAAUGGGAAAUAAUUUCGCCCGUGUGAAGAUGCAGGUGACGAUGUCUCUGAGUUCAUUAGUGGGGCGACAGAAUCAGAGGUUUAAUGAGGAAUACCUUCGUAAAUCUUUGAAAACAAUUCUAACAUACGCUGAAACUGACAUUGAGCUACAAGAGACAUCCUUCCCUGAACAGGUGCGUGACCUUGUGUUCAACCUACAUAUGAUCCUCUCAGAUACUGUCAAAAUGAAGGAAUUCUCUGAGGAUCCUGAGAUGCUGAUAGAUCUCAUGUAUAGAAUAGCUAAGGGUUACCAGAACUCCCCAGAUCUUAGGCUAACAUGGCUACAGAACAUGGCAGCUAAACAUAGUGAGAGAGGUAACCACGCAGAAGCUGCACAUUGUCUCGUACAUGCUGCAGGGCUAGUAGCAGAAUACAUGAAUAUGUUAGAGGACAGACCAUACCUCCCAAUAGGCUGUGUUGUCUUUCAGCAUAUCUCCAAGAAUGUUCUGGAAGAGAGUGCAGUCUCAGAUGAUGUAGUGUCGCCAGAUGAGGAGGGAAUAUGCACAGGAAGAUAUUUCACGGAGUCUGGACUCAUAGGUCUCUUAGAACAAGCUGCAAGUUCAUUUAACUUUGCUGGCAUGUAUGAGGAGGUGAAUGAAGUUUACAAGGUGCUGAUUCCUAUCUUUGAACACAACAGGGACUUCAAGAAACUCUCUCUUAUCCAUAACAAGCUACAUGAGGCUUUUGCCAACAUCAUCAAAAAUAAUGGCAAGAGAGUUUUUGGUACCUACUUUAGAGUAGGCUUCUAUGGUGCUAAAUUUGGUGAUCUUGAUGGGGAGGAAUUCAUCUACAAAGAACCAAGUAUUACAAAACUUCCUGAAAUUGCAGAGAGGCUGAGGGGAUUCUUUGAGGGAAGAUUUGGUUGUGAAAAUGUUGAGAUGAUCCAAGAUUCCAAGACUGUCGAGAGAGAGAAACUAAACCCCGAGAAAGCCUACAUUCAGAUAACAUACGUUGAACCAUAUUUUGAUUCUUAUGAAUACAGGGAAAGACUCACCUACUUUGAGAGAAAUUAUAACAUAAAGAGAUUUAUGUACGCCACCCCAUUCACCCUGGAUGGCAGGGCCCACGGGGAGCUACAAGAACAGUACAAGAGGAAGACAGUGUUAACCACAAAUAGAGCAUUCCCAUAUGUUAAGACUAGGAUGGGGGUCAUCAAUAGGGAACAGGUGAUCCUGUCUCCAAUAGAAGUUGCUAUUGAGGACAUUCAGAAGAAGUUGAAAGAGUUAAGUGUGGCCUUGAACCAAGAGCCAGCAGAUCCUAAGAUGUUGCAAAUGGUCCUACAAGGUUGCAUUGGAACUACAGUGAACCAGGGUCCAGUGGAGGUUGCUAUGGUGUUUCUCACUGAGGUAGUUGAAGGCAGAGUCCCUCCAUCAAAACACCACAAUAAGCUCCGCAUAUGUUUCAAAGAUUUCCUCAAGAAGACGCACGAUGCUUUAAUCCGCAACAAGACACUCAUACAGUUUGACCAGAAGGAAUACCAGAGGGAACUAGAGAGAAAUUACCAUGAAAUUAAGGAAAAACUUUGGCCGAUGAUCACCAACCAAGUCACGACUUUAAAACGUAAAACAAGAAAUCGAGACCGCGAGAGGAGUGUUGAAUCAAGGAAUCGUCGCUAUAGUUCGAGAGAAACUACCCCAGUAGCAGAUAAUCAGUCAGUCAGGAGUCUCAGUAUGAUAUCGAGGACAAGUUAUGCAUAA